UUGGCCAAGACAUCUUUGGUAGUCAAGAACGAGCGUCGCAAGCGCAUCGUGGCCCAAUAUGCCGCGGAGCGCGCCGCGCUGCUGGCGGAAGCACGGGACAUGUCCCGGUCGGCCCGCGAGCGCUUUGAGGCCCGCCAGAAGCUGGCACUGCUGCCCCACGAUGCUAAUCCCAACCGAAUCCGGAACCGGGACGGCGCCACCGGGCGUCCCCGUGGCUACAUUCGUCACUUCGGGCUGUCGCGCAUCUCCUUCCGGGAAAUGGCGUUGGACGGUCUGCUCCCCGGCGUGCGGAAGGCCAGUCUGUAA